UACAUUUUAAUUAUUACUCCUGUUGUGGUCCCUUACUGAAUCACAAUAACUAGAGUUUAAACUAGAUUUAAUGAGAGUUUUGAUGUAACCGACCCCCCUCCAUAUUUGGUAAUGACCUGCAGCGCCUGUAUGAGCCCGCCAACAACAGCUCAAAAGUGAUGUGAAGCAGUAAGGAAUGCAAAGGACCGACAGUGAGGUCAACAUACCUGUCAUUCCAAAUGAAAUGUCAAGUCCGGAGCUUGAGGAUUUCCAGACUCCAAAUACUGAUAAUCAGGAAGGAGCUGCUACAGCAAGUGAAAAUCUCGUCAGAUGUGCAGCUGCAUUUACCAUCAGUGUCCGGGAAAGAUGUCACCUAUCCCAGAGGGGUGUCAACAGUAUUGUCUCUGGAGUCCAGCAGUAUCAAACUGCUCUUCUCAGUACCAUGAAGGACACCAUGAAGUCGCUCUUUCAAAGACAUUCAGACAAUAUGGAGCAGCUACAAGAGGCAGUAUUGGCAGAACUGGAAAAUUUUCAAGAUCCUUUCUCCAUGAUGGCUUCCACAUACAUUCAGGACAGCACAAUCCAGAGGCUUUUUAACCCAGUCAUACCAGAGGAGGUAGUUAUGUCUCAAAAGGUUUGCAGAGUUAACAAAGGACAGUCAAGAGUAAUUGCCAUCAAAAACAGAAGUUUUUACUAUAUACCCCUUAUUAGGAGCCUUGAACAGUUGUUGUCCAAUUCCAGGAUUUUUGCCAUGAUCAACACCGCACCUCAGAGUUGCCACAAAGAUGGGUUUUUGUAUGACAUUAUUGAUGGGAGCAUUUAUAAAUCCCAUCCACUGUUUUCAAAAGAACCUUCUGCUUUACAGAUAAUUUUGUAUGCUGAUGAAAUAGAGAUAUGCAAUCCUCUUGGGUCACAUGCUUCAGUAAAUAAAUUAUUCAUGUUUUAUUAUACUUUAGGAAACAUAGACCCCAAGUUUAGGUCAAAGCUUGCUGCAAUCAGACUCCUUGCUAUAGCAAAAGCUGAUGAUAUUGACAAAUGUGGUGUUGAUUUUGUAUUACAAAGGAUUAAUGAAGACUUAAAGUUGCUCUAUAAUGGUGUCAAAAUCCAAACACAGCGUGGUAGCAUGGAUUUAUUUGGUGCUGUAGUUUCGGUCUGUGGUGACACACUUGCCCAACAUGAGCUUGCUGGUUUCAAGGAAGGAGUUGGUUUUGCAUAUAGUAAGUGUAGGCAUUGUGAAUGUACCUUUGAUGAAAUGCAAAUUAAUUUUAAUGAACUAAGUUUUACUAAAAGGACAAUGAAAAAACAUAUUAAGCAGUGCUGUGAAAUAGAAAAGGCUUGCACAGACUUCUUGAAAUCAUCUCUCAAAACCACCUAUGGUAUAAACAGAAGAAGCAAGCUGAUUGAUUUCCCAGCCUUUGACCUCAUUCAACAAACACCACAGGAUAUAAUGCACAUCAUUCUUGAGGGUGUUGCACCCAUGGAAAUUAAGUGUGUGCUAAAACACCUUGUUCUCUCUGGACAGAUGGAGUUGGAUGUGUUCAAUUCUGCCAUGCAGAGUUUUCCUUUGUCACCAAUAGACAUACGUGACAAACCCUGCCCUAUCAGUGUCACUACCUUGGCAUCUAAUGACAAUAAACUGAAACAGUCCUCGGGGCAAAUGCUGAUACUGUUGAAGAUCAUGCCUUUUCUGCUCAACAGUAUAGAGAAAAAUGAAUAUGUUCAGUUUGUUUUGGACUUAAUUAAGAUUGUUCAGAUACUCUUUGCCCCUAUUUUAUCUGUACAAAGUGUGUUCAGACUGAAGAAUAUGAUUGAACAGCAUUUGAAACAGUUUAAGAAACUUUUUCCUGAGAAUAAUAUAAUACCUAAGCAACAUUACCUGUUGCAUCUCCCUGCUCAGAUUCUUCAUCUGGGGCCUGUGAUAAGGCACAUGUGUAUGAGAUUCGAAUCAAAGCACUGUUUUUUUAAACAAUGGGCAUCUAAAUUGAACUUCAGAAAUGUCUGUAAGUCACUUGUGAACCAUAAUCAGCUUUCUGAAUGCUGUCAAAAUGAAUUGGGCACUGAGCAUCCAAUAUUUGUACAUGAGAAGGAAUUGGGUCCUGUCUCUGAAGUGAAAAAUCCUGAGUAUAUUGCAGCAAAGAUAAGAGAUUUUUUGGGGAUAGGUGGCAUACAACAUGGAGUCAAAGUAAAAUGGCUUAUUCUCAAUGGGAACAAGUACAUAAGUGAAAAGUCUCUAAUAAUCACCAGUGUGAGUGACACAGUUCCUGUUUUUGGGCUUUAA